AUGGAUAAAGGUUGGAUGUUUUUACCAAGACAAACUGAGGAAUACAGAAAAGGACUUGAGAAUUUUCUAGAUUUUGCAUUUUCUAAUGCAAACAUAAAUGGAACAAUUGCAUGUCCUUGUGCAAGAUGUAAGAUUGGCAUAUGUGUUUCAAGAGAGGAGGCUUAUGAUCAUUUGACAGUUGAUGGAUUUAUUAAAGGUUAUACUUACUGGGUUGCUCAUGGAGAGAUAGCAUGUAGUGCACCUUCAAUAUCUAGUUCGGUUCUGUCUCGUGAUGAUGUAGAUAACAUGGAGGGACUAGUUCAUGAUGCUUUUGGGGUCCAACAACACGAUGGUAGUACAAUCAAUACAGCAGGAUUUGAAAAGGAUAAAGAUAUUCCGUUUGGGGAGGCCGAGAAAUUCUAUAAAUUAAUUGAUGAUUCACAAAAGGAGUUAUAUCUUGGAUGUAAGAAAUUCUCAAAACUUGCAUUCAUCAUUCGCUUUCUUCACUUAAAAUGUCUUGGAAAAAUGACCAAUAAAGUCUUUAAUAUGCUUUUGGAUUUGUUGAGAGAAGCAUUUCCAAAUGCCAUGAAAGAUUUACCAAAGUCAUAUUAUGAAGCAAAGAAAUUGAUGAAGCAAAUAGGACUUGGUUAUGAAAAAAUCGAUGCUUGCCCUAAUGAUUGUACUUUGUACUGGGGGUUGGACAAGGAAAGAGUUCUCUGUAAAACAUGCAAUGAGCCUAGAUGGGAAACAUCUGAAGAUGAUCCUACUGGUGACAAGAGGAAAGUUGCAUGUAAGGUUUUAUGGUAUUUUCCAAUAAAGCCUAGGUUACAACGUUUGUUCAUGUCCUACAAAACGGCCGUCCAUAUGAGAUGGCAUUCUGAAUCUCGCACAAAAGACAGUUACAUGCGACACCCAGUUGAUUCCCCAGCUUGGAAAACGUUUGACCAUAACCACCCAGAAUUUGCGAAGGAUCCUAGAAACAUAAGGCUAGGAUUAGCUUCAGAUGGAUUUAAUCCAUUUAAAAAUAUGAAUGCGGUGCAUAGUACGUGGCCAGUCAUUUUAGUGCCUUAUAAUCUUCCACCAUGGAUGUGUAUGAAACAACCAUACUUUAUGUUAUCAUUGCUAAUACCUGGUCCAUCAGCUCCUGGAAAUAACAUCGAUAUCUACUUGCAGCCUCUUAUUGCAGAUUUGAAGGAUUUGUGGGAAGUAGGAGUGCAAACAUAUGAUGCAUCAACAAAACAAAAUUUUAAAUUGCAUGUUGCAUUACUAUGGACGAUAAGUGAUUUUCCUGGAUAUGCAACCCUAUCUGGAUGGAGCACCAAGGGUAAAUUUGCAUGCCCGGUGUGCCACAAAUUUACACAUUCACGGUGGUUAAAAAAUGGUAAAAAAUAUUGCUAUAUGGGUCACCGCAAAUUUUUAAACAGUGAUCAUGAGUUUCGCAAAGAUUCUCAACAUUUCGAUGGCACAGAAGAGUAUGGAAGACCACCACCAAUACUUUCAGGAGACACAAUGAUCAAUGAGUUAAAAAAUUUUAAAUUGAAAUUUGGAAAAAUAGUUGAUGAUAAUCCAGAACUACCAUUCAAUUGGAAAAAGCGGAGUAUUUUCUUCGAUUUACCAUAUUGGAAAGAUAAUGUGAUACGUCACAAUCUUGAUCUUAUGCAUAUUGAAAAGAAUGUGUGCGAAUCAAUUUGUGGGACAUUGCUAGAUAUGGAAGGGAAAACGAAAGAUAAUAUUAAAUCACGUCUUGAUUUGCAAGAAAUUGGGAUAAGAUCAUAA